AUGAAAUAUUACAGUGAUCCUGAUGAAAUGGCGAUUGAAUUUUCUUCAAACAUGCAAAAAUAGAAUUCAAUUGAGUAAAUUACAUAAACCCUAAAUAAUAUUCACUUAUUAGCUUAGAGGAAUGUGUAAAUUAUAGUUGAUUAAUUUUAAUUGGGCUAGACUGAUAAUACUUUGACAACAAUCUCAGAGAGAUUACGAAAUACAUCUAUCAUAGUAGCACUUUUGAAACUUAAAUUUCCAAAAGAUAAGCAAUAAAAAUUCAAACUUCUCGGAUAAACACUAUACGAAAAUUUUACUAUCUUCAAGAAGUUGAUUUAAUGGUGUGAAUAAAAUGAUGAAACAUAGAAAAAGUAAAAAGGAAAGAAGACCACUUAAUUGGACAUUCAUCUAAUUAAUACAAUAAGAGCAUAUUCAGAGUAUAUUAACAAUGAACUUGGAAGUUACUUUAAACCAAAGUGAGUGUUAUAAUUGUAAAUUUAAUAAUCAAAAAUUUAUGUUUGUUUGC